CCCCUUCCGUGGCCCGAGCUUAUGUCCUCUAUGGACUCAUCCUAAGCAAGUCUACCCCCCUUGUCCCGCCAGCAUGCUUCACGCCCUCUCGAGCACACAUACACCUACCUCUUCCUUGGGGUUGUUAAAGCUCCACUAGGCCAGUGUCCUCCACCUUACACCCGGCCAUUCGCUCUGGCUGUGUGCUUGGUAUACCUGCUUCAUGUGGGCUGCCUAGUCUUUCAUGAUUGGCGCGAUAUGGAACGGAAGAGGGAACUUGGCAUAGCCAACGGCAUCCAUCCCGCUGGCCGUCGGCAUCUAUCACCGCUCGUCGUUCGCAUGCUGGAUCUCCAGUUGUCUCGUGUAUGGGGCCAACUACGCCCAAUCGACCGCUCAGCACAUGGCCAAAACCUAGCUUUUCCUGUUCGGACAAAAGGAGACGACUCCCAUGGCAAACUGUCCGCCGGCGUAUAAUGCUUUCUAACUGCUUCCAUCAGAACACAUCCACAAGCGGAAAAUGGCGCAGCGGCGGAUGGUUGACGUGUGUGCUUACGUCCAAGGUAGCCGUCCUUUCCCCUAAUGCCUUGCAAGGAGCGGUCCUCCUCAGCCACCUGCCCGACACACCACAGAUUCGACUCUGGUUUCAUACUACAUCGCCAUCGUUUUUCUCUCUCUCCCUCUCAUCCACAUUGUCCCCUGACACAACCCCAAGACGAGCAGACAACUUUCUUCGUACCCUAAUCAAUCUGCAUUACACUGGCCUAAAUUGCCUGAAUAUCGUGCCAACACAUCUCCAAACAUCAACUUCCCCUUGAAUAGGUACCAAACAAACCCCCCUAACAUUACCCAACAAAUCAAACCUGGUAUUAUCCACAUGAAGUACCCCCCCCCCCCCC